GACACCACAUAAAUAAACAAUGAACGGACGUUAAAUGAAAGUAGCGAAUACAGGCUUAUUAAACUAAGUCAAAGUGGGCAAGGGCCAAACAAUCAACUUUUGUCAUGACGUCUUCAAAUAAAAGGGUACAGUAUUAAUACCAAUAUUUAGUCUUGUCUUGACAUCACCAUCCACCUUAGCCUUAGUGAGCCUUAUUCAGUUUACAUAAUCAGAAUCAAUGAUUUAAAUAAUAAUUAAAUAAAAGAAAGGUCAGGCCUAUUAAUGAAUAUUACUAUAAUAUGCAAAUACUUUUUUCUAAAGAGUAGACGUAGGGCCUCCUUGUCCUUUAUUUUAAAAAGCUCCCCUACUGUUGAUAGGGGGAGGACAGAAAUUGAGGUCUCUAACAAAAGUGAGGCUGGCCAUUGAGCCCGUCCCUAAAAAACAUCUGAAUUUUAUAAAUUCGAAAUGCAGAGAUGCCAAUAAGAUGCAUUUAGUUUAGCUGCAUACCUGAAAUUAAUUUUGAUGUUGGGGGGAUUUUUUUGGGUGGGUGAAGCCUGUUUCAUAUUCAGGCUUUUUCCCAUGUGCAGCCUUUUCCUCUGCAGUCUGCAUGGUUCCUAAUAAUUGGUAGUAACACAAAUAUUAAGAAAAUUUGACUUCUUCUUCUAUAUAUAAGCAAGGGCCCACCAUCAAUGUAUUGAUCAUUCUGGUUCCUAUGUAUGUAGAAUUAGAGGGGAUUUGCAAUGUUUUUGUGCCUAGUAUUGAAGAGGAUAUUUCACUAGUUCAAGGGGUACACAGUGAGGGUAUCAGAAACUUGGGGUUGGAAGGUCUGAGGCAAUAGGCCCAAAUGUGUCUAUGGUUGUCGUCUCAACUAUUCCUUUUGGAGAGAAACUUGUUCCAGUCUCUGAUUAUCUUUGGCAGGAAUGAGCAGUUCCUGUACUGUGGUCUUGCUGUUUUGAGCGGGGGAGCCUCGUCACUGUCGGGGGGGGGGGGGGUUGAUGUUGUAUAAGUAGGCUUUAAUACAUAUUUAGGGCUUCUAGUUUCUUAUUAGUAUGUCGUCCUAAAUAAUUAAACUCUUACACUGUAGGCCUACAUUAUCUUAGUGGUUUUAAUUUUACUAAAAUACUAAAAUUUAUUAUUUCUUGUAAAUUGUGAUAUAACUUAACUAGUCCCAAAUGAGUAAUAGGCUGUCAAUUAGUCAAUUUAUUUAAACUGGUUGAGUUGUUAUGUUUGAUUUGGUCUUUAGUAUUUAGGUAUGCUUUAUUUAUUAUAAAGUACCGGUAUGGGCCUAUUAUGGUGUGGGGCCAUCUAUAAAAGAUGUCACAUAUUUAUGCAAUUUGUGAAGCUGCUUUGAACAGGGAGGUUUAAAAAAUCUGCCAGAUUAACAUGAAUAGCCUAUAAAAUAUGACUGAGACUCCUUUUGUAGUAAACAAAAUUCUAAGCCUGAGCAUCCUAACUUAUAGUACGGUUAGGCUAAUAUUAAAUGGGUUAGUUUAGACUUGAAGGUAUGGCCUUCUUCUUUGCCUUACUUGAUCUUAGUGGUGCAUAUCCCAUUCACAAACUAUAUUUAUAUAUGUUCUGAGCUAUUCUUUCCAGUUAUUUCAUUUCUGCCUUUUUCUCUUUCUUUCAAGGUGCUUUCUCCAUGUGUUCUGUGGUCUUUUUCUCUUUCUAUUACCCUUCAGAUUUUAUGUUAGUGAUUUUAUAGUAACAUUAGAUAUUGGUUUCCUCACUGCAUGGCCAUUCCAUAUUCAUUUCAUGCUCUGCAUAUCCUUCUGAACUGGAUAAAUUCCUGAUUUUUCCCAUAAGAUCUCAUACUCAUACUAUUGAUUCAAUAUUUCUUUUAAAUAAAAAUUUUAGGCUGCUAGUGCAGAGAAUGACAUAGAAAUCUCCACAGAUGAUGAUGAAGAAUAUAAUCCAUACAUUCCGGUUAAACAGCGGAAAAAAAUGGAGGUAAUUUCAUUUUAGUUUGUGAAAAUUUUGAAGUUGAUAAAUUAGUAUAAAAAGUAUUUAACAUUUUAUUUAUAGAUUUCAUGCGUUCACACACCUUGUUCUAGUAUUGAUUUAAAAAUUAUUUUCUUUAAAUUAAAGCUGCUGAAAAUAAAGAGGAAGCUUGGGCAUGUGGCAACAAUUAAAGAAGAAGAGUUAUUAAAAGCAGAUAGUAGUGGUAAUGAAGAUGACAGAGAAUUUGUGAAAAAAAUCCCUCUUGAGGAUUCAGAUAAUGAAGCGAGCAGAAAUGAUUUUUCAAAUAAUGAGGACAAUGAAACUUCAGAGCAAGAUUUGGGUCCUCUUGCUCAGGUCAGCUUAUUAGAUCAACACAGUGUGUUAAAGAAGAAAGCAGAAGGUAAUUGAAAGUUUUUUUAUUUUAUUUGAUCAAUUGUAGAUUUUAACUUUUGUUUUUAAGAACUAAGAAACCACACAAAGCCACAUUUAUAUUUCAUAAAAUAUAGUUUUUGAGCUUAAAACAUUUAAAGAAUGUUGAAGGUUUGCAUUUUUGUAAUAAUUUCUGUUAUAAUUGAGUCACCUUCAAACGAAAAUUUUAACAUAUUUUAAUCCUUUUCAGUUAUUGAAUGUAAUCUAAAAAUGUAUUAGAUAAUUAUUCAUCUUGUUUUUUUUCAUUAAAGCUAGAAAAGAGACAGACAGAGAAAAAAUACUUAAAGAAGAAGAGAAAAUCUUGGAAAGUGUAGCAGAAAAGACAGGUUAGUAUUAAAAGUAAAAAUUUUCAAAUUUUGUGUGUCAAAAUUACAUUAAUAUACUAUUAUAUUUAUAUAAAUAUUAGCAUACAUUUUGGACAAGAUAUUUUCUUAUUUCUGUUUUUUUACUUCUUUUUCUUAGCCUUGAUGGGUGUCGCAGAAUUGGCUAAAGGCAUUGAAUAUACUGAACCAAUAAGAACAGGGUAUUCAAAAUUAGAAUGAAUUUUUAAAAAUAUUAUAAUCAGUAUUGUCCAUUUCCAAUUUAUAGAUUUUAUCAUUUUAUUGCUCAGCCUGUGGUUGGAUUGCAACCAAGUAGUGAAUUUUGGCCUCAUGGAAUUUAACGAAUUAGCCAAUCCUUUUAAUUAUAAAUUCAGACCGCUGCCUCUUAUUAAAUUUGAUUUCUCCAUUUAAUUUCUUAAUGCAAACAUUUAGAGGCCCUCAUUAUUUUUAUUUAUUUUUAAUUCAUAGUCAUCAUUUAUAAAAGGGCAUUUAUGCAAAUAGUUAUAAAUAAAUAUAUAUUUAAUUACAGUAAUUUACACAAUGUUCAAAAAUAUAUAUAUAAUUUUUUUUAUUAGCUGGAGACCUCCAAGGUUCAUCCUUGAACAGCCUGUGCAGAAGUGGGAAAAAAUCAGGAAAAAAAAUCAUAUAUUAGUUGAAGGGGAAGAUCUUCCACCACCUAUCAGAUCAUUCAGAGCAAUGAAGUUUCCUCAACCUGUUCUGGACUUACUGAAAAAGAAAGGCAUUGUAACACCAACUCCAAUUCAGAUUCAAGGAAUACCUACAGUGUUAGUAUCUUAAUUUUAUUUUAGGGUGUCAUUUGGAUGAUGUAAGGUUAAGAAGGGUGCAUUGAAUGAUAUCAGUUUUAUAGCAUAUUUUAUGCACUUAAUAUAUUUUGCACAUUGACAUUUAAAUGUUGUUUAAUUGGUUUAAUUCAAUUUAUAAAAUUCUAUAAUCUUUUCAGGUUGAGUGGCCGUGAUAUGAUAGGAAUAGCUUUCACAGGUUCUGGAAAGACAUUGGUAUUUACUUUACCAAUUGUAAUGUUCUGUUUGGAACAGGAAAAAAAACUGCCAUUUAUGAAGAAAGAAGGGCCCUAUGGACUUAUUAUUUGUCCAUCAGUAUGCAUUUUUAUAUUUCUCUAACAAGAUACAAAGGAUUGAAUAAUUUUCAUUUGCAAGAACUACACCUAUUGGGAGCAUAAAAAUUCCUUUAGAACAAAUUCAAACUUGAAGAAAAAAAAGAUACUUUUAAGUUAGAGACUUUUAAUUUCUAGCUAUAUUUAUCUAAAAAUACGGUUUCCCUUUAAAACGCAUUUCUUCCUCCUCAUUAAAAAAACAAACAUGUUAUCAACAUUUAUAAGAGAUAGCUGACCAUCCAUAUGGUCUCCUCACUCAAUCACUUUUGAUAUUAUAUAAUAGUAUAUUGCGUUAAUUUCACAUAUUGUCUAUAAAUUAUAAAUGUAAAAUUUAAACAAAUUAUUUAUCUAUAAACAGAGAGAAUUAGCCAAACAAACUUUUGAAAUUAUUAAGCUAUUUGGAGAGUGUAUGGCUGGAGCAGGCUUUCCCACACUUCGCCCAGUUCUGUGUAUUGGUGGCAUGCCGGUUAAAGAACAGAUGGACAUAGUUAACAGGUAAUAUAAAGUUGCAAAUAAAUUGAAACUCAUAAAUAUACAUUUUGUAAUGCCAGAUAACAAUGUAACUAUUUCUUGAAUCAAGGGAUGAAUGAUUAAUAAAUUAAGCAAAAUUGUCUUAAGCUUUUACUGUACUGGUAUAUAUAUAUUUGAUGUUUUUGCAUUUAACAGAGGUUCUCAUAUCAUGGUUGCAACACCUGGCCGCUUGAUGGACAUGUUAGAUAAAAAAAUGGUCACCUUAGAUAUCUGUAGAUAUUUGUGCAUGGAUGAAGCUGAUCGUAUGAUAGACAUGGGCUUUGAAGAGGAUGUCAGAACAAUAUUUUCUUACUUUAAGGUAAAGAAUUUUUUUUUAAAAUUAAUUGAACUUACAUAUGCAAUUCAUUCACCCAGGAUAAUUUAUUUGUAUGCCUGUUUUUCAUUUUUAUAUUCUUUAAAAUAUGAACUAAUUUUAUUUUGGAUAUUCAUUUGAUACAUUGAUCCUUAACUUUAGCAUGGAAUAAAAUGUUGACACGAAUUACAUUUUUAUAAACUUAACAGGGUCAAAGGCAAACAUUAUUGUUCUCUGCUACUAUGCCCAAGAAAAUCCAAAACUUUGCACGCAGUGCCUUGGUGAAACCUGUUACUGUAAAUGUUGGUCGAGCUGGAGCAGCUAGCCAGGCUAUUGUCCAAGAAGUAGAAUAUGUGAAACAAGAGGCAAAAAUGGUUUACAUUUUACAAUGUCUUCGGAAAACUGCUCCUCCUGUAAGUAUAAACAAAUUAAUAUUCACUAUGUUUUAAAAAAAUCAUCCAUCAUAAUUAACUUGUAUAUUGUUAGAAGAGAGUCCACAUGGAUUUUUAAAAUAAUUAUAAAACAUUAUUAACAUAUUAAUCCAACAAUAGUCAAUAUUAGUGGCCUAUGCUCUACUGGGAGUUGAGGAAGGCAAAGAAGGAGAAAAAUUCAAGUAAAUUGUGCUUGUAAAUUUGUUACUGUUUGAAAUUAAUAUAAUAUAAUAUUGACCAGAUAAUUCAAUGUUUAUUUUAUGCAAACCUUACUGAAACUUAAAAGUGUCACAUUAGUAAAUUUUUCCAUUAUUACUCUUUGAAAACAGGUUUUGAUAUUUGCUGAGAAGAAACAAGAUGUAGAUGCUAUCCAUGAGUAUUUGUUAUUGAAGGGUGUUGAAGCUGUUGCCAUACAUGGUGGCAAAGGUAAAAUUAUAUAUUGCUAUCAAAGAUAUUUCUUUACAAUGGACAUUUUUACCACUCUGAACCUUUGAAAUCUGUUAUUUCAUUUCAUUAAAAAAAAAAAAAAGCCUUGCAGAAAUAAAAAUUAUUUACUUAUGAAUAAUUCAAAGUCUCAAUUCAUAAAGAGCAGUUCAGCUAUUUUUUUUAAGUAAUUAAAAUCUUUACAAUGGACAAUUUUACCACUCUUAACCUUUUAAAUCUGUUAAUUCAAUUCAUUAAAAAAAAAAAAAAGCCUUGCAGAAAUAAAAAUUAUUUACUUAUGAAUAAUUCAAAGUCUCAAUUCAUAAAGAGCAGUUCAGCUAUUUUUUUUAAGUAAUUAAAUUUAAAAUUCAUAAGAAAACUAAAUUAGGUUGUUGAACAAAUAGAAAAAUGUUGGACAAAUUAGUUAUUGGUUUUUAGUACUGUUUGCUAAAACGUUAUAUAUGGUUUUCACUUGAUAGAUCAAGAAGAAAGAAGCAGGUCAGUUGAAGAAUUUAAGAAAGGGCAAAAGGAUGUUUUAGUGGCAACUGAUGUUGCUAGCAAAGGUUUGGAUUUUGAAGGAAUUCAACAUGUAAUCAACUAUGACAUGCCAGAAGAUAUUGAAAACUAUGGUAUGGAAAAAAUAUUAACUUCAUUCACAUUGUGUUAUUUUAGCUGUAAAGUCUAAACAAAUACAGACAUAUAAUUAUCUGUAAAUAUGUAUAUUUUUUUAAAAUUUCCAAUAUAUAUAUGCUGAUGAGGAUCUAAAUUUAAGCUCUUUAACCACUAACCACCUAAAGGUCUUAAUCAAAGCACUCUGCUUAACAUCAAGGUAGUUCAAGAAUAGAAAACAGAUUUUAAAAAUAUUUUUAAAUUGAUCGACACUUGAAUGCACACUAGUUCAUUAGUUCCAGUGUCCUUCAUUGCUGCAUCAUUAACCUUCCAACGAUAUGUAGGCUACAGCAAUAUUUGUUAGGCAAUAGCUAAAACUUUUGGAUCAAUAUGUUUUUUUUAACUUGUGGAUUGGAUCUAGCUUUGUAAAUCAACACUAAAUAGUCUCAGAGUUUUUCCUUUUUAAAAAUAAUUUUAGACAAUGCAGUUUUUCAACGAUAAUAAAAGUUAAUAUCAAUAUGAAAGUGUUUAUUAUCUUCAGUCUUAGUCAGAACAUUUUAAAAAACAUUAAUGGGAAAUUAAUAAUAAAGAUUAACAAUAGAUAGAAUAUGUACAAAGCUCGGUAUGGGUUUUGCUACGUAAAUUGCUUAGCUGGGAAAUUGACAAUACUCAAUUGGAUUUUUUUAAAAUUCUGUUUUUAAUAACAAUCUAUAGGUGAAAGUAAAAUAAGUGAUUUGAAGUCAGUAUGAAAAAGAUAAAGUUAGCAAAACUACCGCUCAUCAAGUUGAUAACAUAACUGUAACUAAUAUAACAUCUAAUAAUUUUCUAUUAGCUAAUUUUAAAUCAACACUGAUUAGAGAAAUUAUUGGUCCUAUAUGUGUUAUUAAUAGAUCCACAGAAGCAUCUAUGUUUUUACAAAAUUACAUUUAUUAACUCUAUCAUUUCCCACCACAUUUUAAUACUGUACAAAAUAACCAGUAUAUUUGUACAUUAACUCUAUUGUAGUUUUUAAAUUAUUCAUAUGUGUAGCUCUUGAUUAAUUUGUUUCCUCCUUAAGUUCACAGAAUAGGUAGAACUGGCAGAAAAGGGCUAACAGGAGUUGCUACAACAUUUGUGAACAAAUCAGUGGGUUAGUAAAUUCAGUGAUUUUAUAAUACCAGUACUGGUACUGUAGAUAAAAAUUAUUGAUUUUUAAGUUGGUUGGGCUUUAUGUAAUCACUUUGUCAUAAGACUUUAUUUGAAUAAGUAAUUUCUUUAAAAAACAAUUAAUUUGCGGGUAAAGAUUAUCUGUUUAUGCCAUUGCAGAAGAAUCAAUAUUGCUAGAUUUAAAGCAUUUACUGAUUGAGGCCAAUCAAAAGGUGCCAGCAUUCCUGGCAACCAUGGAGUCAGAAACUGAGAAGUAUUUGGACAUAUCAGGUAUAUUUUUCUUCUGUCUAGAAAUAUUAUUACAUUAAAUAAUUAUUUGUCCAUUAUUUUUUUUGUGCAUUACUCUGAAUAUUAUUUGCUUUAUUGAUUAUACAUAAUGCUGCUAUAUAAAAUUUAUUACACAUAAGCAUCUGUAUGUAUUUUGUAUGAAUUAACUCAAAAGAACUUUAAAAUGCCCCUUGAAGGCUCAAAAUAUCUAUUUAGUAAAAAGUAAUUUCUUAUUACUUUAAAAAAAAGGAGAGUGUGAAUUUGUGAGAGGAACCUGCACUUUGAGAGGUUAAAUAGGUUGAUGGUUAUUAAAGAUCCCUAGUUAUUUUGAAUCAGAUGUUAAUUUACAAGUAUUUACAUUUUUUUUCUACAUUUUUAGCUACAAAUUUAACUUAAAUAUCGGACUUAAGUCUAGUGGUUAAUCAGCUUUUUAAAAAUUUCAAAUCAUGAAAAUAUAUACCUUUUCUGCAUCUAUUUUCAGGCGAAGUAGGGUGUUCAUAUUGUGGUGGUCUGGGUCACAGAAUUGCAGAUUGUCCCAAACUUCAAGCUAUGCAGUCCAAACAGGCUCAAGGUAUUGGACGCAACAAAGAUUAUUUGGCGCAUAAUAGUGCAGAUUGGUAGUUUAAAAACCACCAAGAUAUUUUUAUUUGCUUGUGUUGAAAAAUAUUUAUCAAUAAAGUUUAAUGUACAUGUUUU